AUCUCUGAUUAGACUGGAUUUACAUUUUACUGUGAUUUUAUUUUGACAUUCUGUCACGGGUCCCGGCCACACACUAUUCUUUGAAAAUGAACAGAAAAUUGAAAAAAUGAAAUAAUAGAUAAAGAAAGAAAAAUGUGAAUUAGGAAUUCAUGAAAUCGAGAGCAUGAAAUUAGAAGGUCAGUAAAACCAGAGUUAGUAGAGGAGACUGUCUCCUCUACUAACUCUGGUAAAACAAAGCGUAUAGUCCGAUUAACGAAAUUAGCAUACGUAACGCCACCCAGACAGCUGUGACGUCUGUCACGCAAUCGAUUUGUUUUAUCAACAACAAAAUAUAUUCGGCACAUUUUCUGUCACGUAUUUUUGCAUCAAGACUCUGAUCAUCAUUGAUAUAAGGUGUUCUAAGAGUUAUAGCUAAACGAUGCAGAGUGACACGCAAGACCACCAAUCAUUUGACUUUUCAUCUCCAUGGCACUUCAGUGAUGUGGUGCUCAUUGUAGAGGACACAAAAUUCCAUGUACACAAGAGCACUUUAUCAAUGUGGUCUCCAGUGUUUGAAAGGAUGUUUACAUCAGAAUUUGCUGAGAGAACUGCUGAGGAGAUCCCGUUGCCAGGGAAACAUGUAAAUGAGGUGGAAGUAUUGUUAAAGCUGAUUUAUUCAUAUGGCAAGGUCCAGACAGUUAGCGAUGAAAACUACCAUUUUCUUUUGGAGCUUGCCGAAGAAUACCAAAUGGAGAAAGUAAGAGCAUUUUGCAGUGAGUACUUGUCAUACAACAUUCAAGAAUCGAACUCCAUCCAUUACUACAAAAUUGCUGACCGCUUUAACCUCAAGGAUGUCAUGAUUUUAUGCAUUGAAGAAGCUCGUUACAGGACAUCAUUAAUUAUGGAAGAUGACCAGGAAUUUGAGGAAUUACGACCAGAAGUGAAGCUUGAGAUUUGCAUAGAAAGAAUCAAAGAACUGGAAAGAACACUAAAUGAGUACGCAAAGACAUGUUCAAGUCUGGUUGAGAAGGUUUACAAGGAAGUAGCUGAUUCAGCUCUAGCRGCAAUCGAGUGYGACAACCAUCCUGUACACCGCACAGGRUCCCGCGAACCAUUYAAGAUGUCAUGCAAGUGCUGCCGUCGCAGAGUGCAGAAUGUUGACUGUGUGAUUCAAUACAGUGUGCUCAGAGAAAUGCUGAAAAAACUAUUUGAUUUAGAGCAUUCUAAUCGSAUAGCAAGGCGAGCCAAAAACUCUAUUGACUGAGCACGAUAAMCUCCAGCUCUUCCAUU